AUGCCUGGUUCUUGUUUUUCCACACAAGAAGUGCAAGCUGACCAUCAGGCAGAAGCCACAGGGCAGGCCGCACAAGCUCAUGAGCAGGAGAAGGUGGUGGAAAAUUUAGCAGCUAAGGAAGAUACCCAAGCUUGUCAAGAUUUACAAAAUGACAUCAAAGCUGAUCACCCACCCAUGCAGACACUUGACAAAGUCCAAAAGGGCACAUCGUCCGCUCCAAAGUAUCCUAAGGAGUCUACUCUCGAGAGUGAUCAUGACAAUGAACGGCAUAUUGCUGAAGUCGUCAAGUCAGAAGGCUCUAGAGGUGAUUCCUACAAGCAACCAGACCACAAGAAUAACUUGGAGGCUGAUAAAGAUUGGGACAUGGUUAUGGACAAUGAAAAUGAUCUUGAGGUGAUACAACCAGCAAAGAAGAGGGCUGGCAAGGUGAAAAAGAGUUGCAAAGAUGUUGAGGCUUUGAGAAAAGAGGGUGAUCAAGCAAGUUCUCCUGCUUUGGGAACUCAGAGAAUGAUGACAUCAAAUGUUGAUACAGGUCGAACUGUCAAGAAGAUCAAGAAAGCUACGAUUGGUGGGCUCACCAGUGAGUGGCUUGAAACCCACACCAUGUUGAAGACAAACUUCAAGGCAAAGCCCCGCUCUGCACCAAAUGGCCCGUCCAAUGCUGCCUCAAUCUCCGAGUUGCACAAUGACGAUGCCAACAUCUCCAUCAAUGAAAACGGUGGUAUUGAUGAUGACCAGAGCAAGGAGAGAGAGCGCAGCACACUUGAGAAAAUGUCAUCUCGGGCAACAGCUGACCUGAGCACAGCUCGUUAUGAUGAGCGCGCAUCUGCUGAUGCAGCAAAAGUGUGUCCUUCAUUACUUGUUGUCCACCCUAUCAGGCUAGUGAACUCGAAACAGACAGCUCUUCUUGUCAAGAUCAACAUGCUAUCUGCAGAACAUGCUGCCAAGAAAGGCCACAAGAACUGGGCAAAAGUCAGCGCUCUCGCACCACAGAUCAGUGGGCUCUUUGGUGAGAUGCUCAGACCACUCAUUAAGGAGCUUGCAGAUACAAAUGGUGCUUGGAUGGCCUUCAGCGUCACUGAAGGCAAAGGACUCCUCGAGUGUGUGAUGGGUGACAAGGCUAAGGAGUACACUAUUGUUGAGAAUGACAUGUUCAUGUGA